GGGAUGGGAACCACGCCGCUUCCCAGCCACGGUGAUACGAUUGAGGCGCGGACCUUUCAACCCGAACUUUAUUAAUUCUCACGCUAGGCCCCUGGAAGGCGAUGGAGGUGGCCGCUAAUUGCUCCCUGCGGGUGAAGAGACCUCUGUUGGAUCCCCGCUUCGAGGGUUAUAAGCUCUCCCUCGAGCCGCUGCCCUGUUACCAGCUGGAGCUUGACGCAGCUGUGGCAGAAGUAAAACUUCGAGAUGAUCAGUAUACACUGGAACACAUGCAUGCUUUUGGAAUGUAUAAUUACCUACACUGUGAUUCAUGGUAUCAAGACAGUGUCUACUACGUUGAUAACCUUGGAAGAAUUAUGAAUUUAACAGUGAUGCUGGACACUGCCUUAGGAAAACCACGAGAGGUGUUUCGACUUCCUACAGAUUUGAUAGCAUAUGACGAUCGCCUUUGCGCAUCCAUCCAUUUCACAUCUUCUACUUGGGUUACCUUGUCAGAUGGAACUGGAAGAUUGUAUCUCAUUGGAACGGGUGAACGUGGAAAUAGUGCUUCUGAAAAAUGGGAGAUUAUGUUUAAUGAAGAGCUUGGAAAUCCUUUUAUCAUAAUUCACAGUAUCUCAUUGCUGAAAGCUGAAGAACAUUCGAUAGCUACCCUGCUUCUUCGAAUAGAGAGAGAGGAAUUGGAUAUGAAAGGAAGUGGUUUCUGUGUUUCCUUGGAGUGGGUCACUAUUAGUAAGAAAAAUAAAGAUAAAAGAAAAUAUGAAAUUACUAAGCGUAAUAUUCUCCAUGGAAAGUCAGUGCCCCACUAUGCCGCUAUUGAGCCUGAUGGGAAUGGUCUAAUGAUUGUCUCUUACAAGUCCUUUACAUUUGUUCAAGUUGGUCAAAAUCUUGAAGAAAGUAAGGAUGAAGACAUGUCAGAGAAAAUCAAAGAACCUCUGUAUUACUGGCAACAAACUGAAGAUGAUUUGACAGUAACAGUAUCGCUUCCAGAAGACUGUACUAAGGAAGACAUUCAAAUACAGUUUUUGCCUGAUCAUGUCAACGUUGUGCUGAAGGGUCAGAGGUUUUUGGAAGGAAAUCUCUAUUCAUCUAUUGAUCAUGAAAGCAGUACAUGGAUAAUUAAAGAGAAUAAUAGCUUGGAGAUUUCCUUGAUUAAAAAGAAUGAAGGACUGACAUGGCCAGAGCUAGUGGUCGGUGAUAAACAGGGGGAAUUUAUUAGAGACUCAGCCCAAUGUGCUGCAAUAGCUGAACGUUUGAUGCAUUUGACCUCUGAUGAACUGGUGAAUCUUGGAAGCAACCAGUACCUUUUCUCUGUCAUAGUGGAUCCUAAAGAAAUGCCCUGCUUCUGUUUGCGCCAUGAUGUUGAUGCACUUCUCUGGCAACCACACUCCAGCAACCAAGACGAUAUGUGGGAGCAUAUCGCAACUUUCAAUGCUUUAGGCUACGUCCAAGCAUCAAAGAGAGACAAAAAAUUUUUUGCCUGUGCUCCAAAUUACUCUUAUGCAGCCCUUUGCGAGUGCCUUCGACGAGUUUUCAUCUAUCGUCAGCCCACUCCCAUGUCCACUGUACUUUACAAUAGGAAGGAAGGCAGGCAAGUAGGGCAGGUUGCUAAGCAGCAGGUAGCAAGCCUAGAAACCAGUGAUCCUAUUUUAGGCUUUCAAGCAACAAAUGAGAGAUUAUUUGUUCUCACUACCAAAAACCUCUUUUUAAUAAAGGUAAAUACAGAGAAUUAAUUACUCCAACAUGUUGGCUUCUCUGUACUGGAAAAGUAUUCAGUGGUAGCUGGAAGGCUGGGCAGUUGUGCUGUAAUCUGUUAAGUUUUAUUGUGUUAAAAUUAUCUUGUAUGAAUUUAUUUUUUAAAGGAUAUUGGAAAUAUAUUUGAGAUUAUGAGUCUAUAAAAGCUAUGGAAUGAAGCUGCAAAUUUAGAGAAAAUUAGCUUCUGUAAAAAAUGUAAAGAUAGUAUCAGCAAGUAUAAUUAAUUUUUUAAAAACAGGCUAGAAUCUCAUCUUUUAUAUGAAAGAUGUACAAUUCAUGUUUAAAAAUAAAAAUAUUUAUCGUGUAUUUUUUGUUCACUGAUACAGUUUCUACUUCUUUACCUAUAGAAUGUAUAGGAUAAUAGUUAAAGUGUUGAUUCUUGUAAAUACUUUUUAAAUGGACUGAAUAGCUGGGGUAGAGGGAGAAAUAUAACAGGUACAGCAGGUCUAGUACUGUUAAAGUUUGCUGAGAGACCUUAAGUGUUUUUUCAUAUUAAGUAUAGCUUUAUUUAACUUUUAUCCAUUUGGUCUUCCACAGACAUAAAUAAAGAGAGAUGAUAAGGUUCUACGAAGUGUAACUCUUAUCCAUUGCUAUAUAACAAACCACUCCAAAACUCAGUGGUUUAAAACAGGAUGUUUUAUAAUUUUUCAUGGUUCAUUGACUUGACUGUCUCUGUUCUGCAUGGCCUUUCCUCCUCCAGUAAACUAGACCGUGUUUCUUCCCAUGACAGAAAAAACAUUACAAGAGGGCAAGCCCUAAUGUACAAGAGUUUAUCAAGCCUGCACUUGCAUCAUAUUUGCUCAUCUUUCGUUGAACAAAGCAAGUCUAGAGUCAGUGUGAGAGAGUGGAGUACACAAGGAUACAGAUAGCAGGUGGUAUGAUUCACUGGGAGCCAUUUAUGUAACAAACAGUCUGCCAUACAGAUUAUAAUUCGUCCUGGUAGUUCUUACAUUUCUACAGUUAAGAAAAAAGUAAUCCUGUUUGUUUAUACAUUAAAUAUGUUUUGCCAUGAAUUUUAGCUUCUUAUAUUAUUCCCUUGGAUUUCUUUUGGUGUGCAUUUACCUGGAAAAUUGUUUACUUUUAUACCAUUUUUGUAUGCUUCUUAUAUAAACUUCAAGUUAAAUUUUAUAAUAGGGGAAUUGAGACUUUAAUAUAAGAGGCAGAAAAUGAAGAAAAGAGUACAAGGUAGGAAACAUUUGUUCCUAACAUAUCUCUUGCCUAUCUAGACAAGUGUUUGGCUGAAUUAAAUUGUAGUGAAAGAAGGAAAAAUAAGUUUGAGAGACAGAAAAGGAGGAAAAAGAUGGGGAUUACAUGCAUGUUCUAAACACUAUGUCAGAAGGCAGUUUCCUGGAGAGAAGUAUUGGGAUGCUGGAUAAAAAGUUGGGAAAACUCCUGAGAACUGGUAGUGACAGUGGAGUCCUAAUAGUACUCUGUUAGUACUAGGAAAGAGGACUAGAUAGCUAUCAAGCAUUAAGAGACCAUGAACACAGAAAAAAAAAAAGUAUGGCUGAACCAAAAAACAAAACAGUGAUAUUUGCAGAACUUUUUAGUGUCAUUGUAAAAUUUAAUGAAACAAAAGACUAUUUAGACAGUGAACUAUUAAAAGCCUUUGUUAUGUGACAGUAGAUUUAAAUUUUCUUUAAAAUUUACCUCAGAGAUCAUAAAUACCCUUUUAGGGAAUUUAAGAAAAAUACAGAUUAAUGUGGUGCUUAAUUAACCAUAUGACAAUAUAUAUAUGCAAAUUUCCAUAUGGUAAUCAAUUUUCUUUCCUUUGUAUAUGUGAUUUUUAACAUGAUUAAUGUUGAAUUGAAACCUAUUAGGAUAACUAGUCCUAAAUAUUUUUGCAUAUUGAUCUAUGUUAAGAGAGUAACAGGUCUAGAGCAGUGAUUCCAAGUCAUGUUUUCUUGAAAUGUUUCAAGGAUUCCACAAAUAUUUAACUCAGUUUGAAUAAUGUUCUAAAGAGAUAUAUACAACAAGUGCUAUGAAUGUAGUACCUUGUGUUUUGUUGAUUUUUUUUUACCAUAAAUUAUAAAUGGGAAUUUAUAAAAUAUUUAUGAUAGUAAUAAAGUAGUAUUUGGUGUUU